AUGUCGCAAAAUCCACGAGCGCCGGGAGGACCAGGGUGGCCUGGGAACCCAACGAAUCCAAGUCCAUUUCGACCAGCAUCACCGUUCAGUCCAACACCAAUGUCACAAUCGCCAAUACGAUCUCGCGGUCCUUUUACGCCGAUCCACCAUCCGAUUUCACCUUUAACUUACCCGGGUAUGAUGCACCCGAUGAGCCCAGUGCCCAUCGGUAUGUCGAUCUCUCCGGGUAUGUCUCCCGCCUUUGGAGGUGUGGGAGUUCCUACGCCUCCAGGGUUCAUUCAGUGUCCCAGACCUCGUUGGCCGUCGCCCGUUUCUACUGGAAACGCUGCGCCUCGUCCUUAUAUUCCACAGAGUCCAAUGGAACGUGUCAGAGAUCAAAGUUACCGAACAUCCCCCGUCCCCUGUGGACCUCCCGAAUACCUGAUAGCUCCAUAUCGCACCGGAGACUAUGAAUAUUUUGGUGUUCCUCUGGAACCGACAGUCCACGAUGAUGAUGAGAGCGGGCCUAGUACAGCUGAGAUCAUUGCCAGCCAAAGUCAAGAUUAUGUUGAUGAAAAACUCGCCGAAUAUCAAGCCACUAUCGCCUUACUACAAGGUUUGUCUUAUUAA